CUCCUAAACAAUAUAAAGAGCAAUUCAUACCAACUUUAAAGGUCAAGUAUCAACCAUAGUGUAUUAAGAUCAUGGCAAGCCAGGAAACCAGAAGGAUACUCAACUCGCUGAGAGAGAAGUACAACAAUAACAAAUGCUUUGAGUGUGACACGCACAGUCCGCAAUGGGUGUCUGUCACUUUGGGCAUCUUCAUAUGUCUGGAGUGCUCUGGAACCCACCGCAGUCUGGGUGUGCAUGUUAGUUUUGUGAGAUCCGUCACCAUGGACCAGUGGAAGGAGAAAGAACACCGCCUUAUGAUGGCUGGUGGCAACUCGCGCUGUCAAGACUUUCUGGAUUGUCAUCAACCAGACUACUCUCCCAGUUUGAACAUCAGUGAUAAGUGGAAUACUCGGGCGGCUUCCUUUUGGCGAGACAAAGUAGCAACCGAGGCGGCUGGUGACCAAUGGAUCGAGAGCAUGUCCCCGGCACAGAACGUGCCACUUCUCGUGCCCCGCAGUGCCGAUUCACAGACCAAUCAACGGGGCGAUGCAAAUAGGUAUCAGGGCUUCGGAUCAUCUCCAACCCCUCAGCAGUCCGAUCCGGCCGCCGAUGCAUGGGCGUCGAUGUCUAGCUGGGGAUCGUACCUCGCAGAUGUCACAACUCAGGCUGCAACCAGCGCUGCUGCUGCUGUACAAGAGGGCGCAAAGACCGCAAACGAGUCCUAUAUCAAACCGACUGUUCAGAAAGCACAGGGCGGAGAGCUAGCCGGCGAUUUGUCUGCAAAGUUCUGGUCCACCACCGAGGCUGUGAAGAACAGUAGUUUGAUGAAUACCGUAGCGACCUCCACCUCUCAGCUUGCCAAGAAUGUUACCGACAUGCUCAAUGAUAAAGGCCUGCAAGGUGACGAUGACGACUACAAUGAGAUACCCACCUUAUACAACCGCGAUACUUCUUCUAGCCGAAACGGACCAUCGCGAAAUAGCAGCGCGAGGUAUCAAGGAUUUGGGAGUACAUUGAACAGCAACGAUGCUAUGGACACUAACAGCGGGCGCUAUAACAGUAGCAACGACAAGUACAACAACACGGAUUCACACAAAGGCAACCGAGUUGAUAAUAGCAGCCAGCAAAUGAACAAUAGUGUAGCGCCGGGCAAUACCAGGACUAGACCACAACACACAAGCAACUCCCAUUCCGGUAACAAUAGCGGGACAACCUCACGUACACAGUGCAGGAAUACAGGCCGCAUACUAAACGAACAGCGCUCUCCUCACAGCCAAACACGCGCGUCACCACAAACACGUGCUACCCCAUCACGUGUGUCUCCUGCAACUGCCAGCCCUGCCCCUCGUAGCGCACCUAGUCAAAUAUCUUCAGCACCGAACCCGCAGAAAACAAGAACUGCCGCCUCGGCCAAACCCGCCCCGGCUCGCCGACAGCAAUCAGAUGAUUGGAGCAAAGACGAUGGCGAAUGGGAGGGAGAUGGCUGGUGAUUGAUUUCUAGCAGUGUACAUUUUGCACCCCACUACCGCUUGGCGGCUCUUUGGUUGCCUAUCUGUGAUCAUCUAGAUAGUAAUCGUGUUGGGUUUUGAGCAAUCGCGCAUUAAGGUGAAGCAAAAUCCUAAACAGUGUAACAUUUUGUGAGACGUACAAAUAUAUAUUGACCCAAUUCAGUUGCGUACAGAAUGUACGAUCACCUUUGGAGAAAUUAGUAAGCUGAUAAUCGAAAGCUGACUUGUGAGUGCGGCUGUCAUAGCAAUGGCUGUGGAGCACAUCUGGUAGCGCAGUCCCUGAUUGUUGAACAAUUGAUAUAUCAUCGAUAUAUGCUAUGUGAAACUUAACAUGCAGCUUUUAAACAUAUCCAUGUUGUCUAAUAAAUUUUACCCGAGAGGAA